UCCUUCGUCGUAUAAAUAAUUCUCUCCUUUUACCCUCUCUAAGGGUCUUCACAGUUACUCCAAAUCCCUAGCUUUUUCUUUCUUCUUCUUCAAUCAUCUGUUAGGGUUUUCCAAAGCUCGCAAUUUUUUGCCAAAAAAACGAUGUCGCUUAGACCGAGCGCCAGAACCGACGUUCGCCGGAACCGUUACAAGGUUGCUGUGGACGCCGAUGAAGGUCGGCGAAGAAGAGAGGACAAUAUGGUGGAGAUCCGCAAAAGUAAGCGUGAAGAAAGCUUGCUUAAGAAGCGCCGUGAAGGGCUCCAAACACCUGCUGUUCCUCUUCCCAAUCUAAACCUUCAAAACAAGUUGGAAAGUCUGCCUGCGAUGGUGGCUGGGGUUUGGUCGAACGAUAACAACUUGCAGCUUGAAGCAACUACUCAGUUUCGGAAACUACUUUCCAUUGAGAGGAGUCCUCCAAUUGAGGAAGUGAUACAAUCUGGGGUUGUUCCACGCUUUGUUGAGUUUCUCAUGAGAGAGGAUUUCCCGCAACUUCAGUUUGAGGCUGCUUGGGCUCUUACAAACAUUGCUUCCGGAACAUCAGAGAAUACUAAAGUAGUGAUUGACCAUGGUGCUGUUCCUAUAUUUGUGAAGCUACUUGCUUCUCCAAGCGAUGAUGUUCGUGAACAGGCUGUUUGGGCACUGGGAAAUGUUGCUGGUGAUUCACCUAGGUGCCGUGAUCUUGUGCUUAGCCAGGGAGCUUUGAUGCCAUUGCUGGCACAAUUGAAUGAGGAUGCAAAGCUGUCAAUGCUGAGAAAUGCCACGUGGACACUAUCAAACUUCUGUAGGGGGAAACCACAGCCACCGUUUGAUCAGGUGAAGCCUGCUCUUCCAGCACUUGCACAACUUGUUCAUUCCAAUGAUGAAGAAGUCUUGACUGAUGCCUGCUGGGCGCUUUCCUAUCUUUCUGAUGGUACAAAUGACAAAAUUCAAGCUGUGAUUGAGGCAGGUGUUUGCCCACGACUUGUUGAGCUCCUUCUUCAUCCAUCUCCCUCAGUGCUCAUUCCAGCCCUGCGGACAGUGGGAAAUAUUGUUACAGGAGACGAUAUGCAGACUCAGUGUAUAAUUCACCAUGGUGCUUUGCCAUGCCUUUUGAGCCUGUUGACCCAUAAUCAUAAAAAGAGCAUCAAGAAAGAAGCUUGCUGGACUAUCUCAAACAUUACAGCUGGAAACAGGGAACAAAUUCAGGCUGUAAUUGAUGCUGGUUUAAUUGGUCCCCUUGUCAAUCUCCUUCAAAAUGCCGAGUUUGAGAUAAAGAAAGAGGCUGCUUGGGCAAUAUCAAAUGCCACCUCUGGUGGUACUCAUGAGCAGAUCAAGUACCUUGUGACUCAGGGAAGUAUAAAACCACUUUGUGAUCUCUUUGCAUGCCCUGAUCCACGUAUUGUCACUGUUUGUCUAGAAGGGUUAGAGAACAUUUUGAAGGUUGGAGAAGCUGAGAAGAGUAUGGGCACUACUGGAGAUGUCAAUUACUAUGCUCAAUUAGUUGAGGAGGCUGAGGGUUUAGAAAAGAUUGAAAAUCUACAAAGUCAUGACAAUAAUGAGAUCUAUGAAAAGGCAGUUAAGAUUCUUGAAACUUUCUGGUUGGAAGAGGAGGAUGAGCCAUUACCUUCGGCUGAUGGUGCCCAGCCAGGUUUCCAAUUUGGAGGGAAUGAGCUUCAAGUUCCAUCUGGAGGAUUCAACUUCAGUUGAAGUUGCAUAUUGCAGUUCACGUUAGAGAGGGAGUAUCGCAGGGAUAUGUAGUUUGUCAAAUGGAACACAAGUUCAUGUUAGGGUUGACAAAGGUAUAUGUGAGGUUCAAGUUGGGUCUGGUCGGGUCAGGGCAUCCGUAAGUGUCUUGUUACAGGUUUGGUCCAGUGUCUAUUUUGGUUGAAGAGUUGCCAAUGGAGGUCAGUCUAAGCUACAGCGUCUAAUAAAGUGAGGCCAGUUGGGUUUUAAUUACUGCAUGAGGACGUCCAUAUUUUUUUAAGCCAUGGAAAGCUAUGAGAAUGCAAUGUAUUUGAGAGAUUAUGCUGAUGUGCUAGCAGGGACGACCUUGAAAGGGGUCAUGGUAGUUGGGGUAAGUGUUGAGCCUUUGAAUUUGUCCUUGGAGUCAUGGUUGUAAUGCUAGAUUUUAUAAUUAGGCCCUUGUUUUUCUUCAUGGCGAGCGAGUAUAUAUUAUAAUUAACCCAAAAAAACUUUUUAUUUGGGUGUGUUGCACGAAA